GAACUUCCGGCCUCAGGACGCAGGCGCGGGCCGCUCAUUUGGCUCUUUCCGGCGGUGCUCGCAAGCCAGGUAGCCAUGUCUUAUCCCGCUGAUGAUUAUGAGUCUGAGGCGGCUUAUGACCCCUACGCUUAUCCCAGCGACUAUGAUAUGCACACAGGAGAUCCAAAGCAGGACCUUGCUUAUGAACGUCAGUAUGAACAGCAAACCUAUCAGGUGAUCCCUGAGGUGAUCAAAAACUUCAUCCAGUAUUUCCACAAAACUGUCUCAGAUUUGAUUGACCAGAAAGUGUAUGAGCUACAGGCCAGUCGUGUCUCCAGUGAUGUCAUUGACCAGAAGGUGUAUGAGAUCCAGGACAUCUAUGAGAACAGCUGGACCAAGCUGACUGAAAGAUUCUUCAAGAAUACUCCUUGGCCGGAGGCUGAAGCCAUUGCUCCACAGGUUGGCAAUGAUGCUGUCUUCCUGAUUUUAUACAAAGAAUUAUACUACAGGCACAUAUAUGCCAAAGUCAGUGGGGGACCUUCCUUGGAGCAGAGGUUUGAAUCCUAUUACAACUACUGCAAUCUCUUCAACUACAUUCUUAAUGCCGAUGGUCCUGCUCCCCUUGAACUACCCAACCAGUGGCUCUGGGAUAUCAUCGAUGAGUUCAUCUACCAGUUUCAGUCAUUCAGUCAGUACCGCUGUAAGACUGCCAAGAAGUCAGAGGAGGAGAUUGACUUUCUUCGUUCCAAUCCCAAAAUCUGGAAUGUUCACAGUGUCCUCAAUGUCCUUCAUUCCCUGGUAGACAAAUCCAACAUCAACCGACAGUUGGAGGUAUACACAAGCGGAGGUGACCCCGAGAGUGUGGCUGGGGAGUAUGGGCGGCACUCCCUCUACAAAAUGCUUGGUUACUUCAGCCUGGUCGGGCUUCUCCGCCUGCACUCCCUGUUAGGAGAUUACUACCAGGCCAUCAAGGUGCUGGAGAACAUCGAACUGAACAAGAAGAGUAUGUAUUCCCGUGUGCCAGAGUGCCAGGUCACCACAUACUAUUAUGUUGGGUUUGCAUAUUUGAUGAUGCGUCGCUACCAGGAUGCCAUCCGGGUCUUCGCCAACAUCCUCCUCUACAUCCAGAGGACCAAGAGCAUGUUCCAGAGGACCACGUACAAGUAUGAAAUGAUUAACAAGCAGAACGAGCAGAUGCAUGCGCUGCUGGCCAUUGCCCUCACGAUGUACCCCAUGCGUAUUGAUGAGAGCAUUCACCUCCAGCUGCGGGAGAAAUACGGGGACAAGAUGCUGCGCAUGCAGAAAGGUGACCCACAAGUCUAUGAAGAACUUUUCAGUUACUCUUGCCCCAAGUUCCUGUCACCUGUAGUGCCCAACUAUGAUAAUGUGCACCCCAACUACCACAAAGAGCCCUUCCUGCAGCAGCUGAAGGUGUUUUCCGAUGAAGUACAGCAGCAGGCCCAGCUUUCAACCAUCCGCAGCUUCCUCAAGCUCUACACCACCAUGCCUGUGGCCAAGCUGGCUGGCUUCCUGGACCUCACAGAGCAGGAGUUCCGGAUCCAGCUUCUUGUCUUCAAACACAAGAUGAAGAACCUGGUGUGGACCAGUGGCAUCUCAGCCCUGGAUGGUGAAUUUCAGUCAGCCUCAGAGGUUGACUUCUACAUUGAUAAGGACAUGAUCCACAUCGCAGACACCAAGGUCGCCAGGCGUUACGGGGAUUUCUUCAUCCGUCAGAUCCACAAAUUUGAGGAGCUUAAUCGAACCCUGAAGAAGAUGGGACAGAGACCUUGAUGACAUUCAGACGCAUUCAGGAACCUGUUUUGAUAUAUUAUAGGCAGGAAGUAUUUUUGCUACCGUGAAACCUUUACCUAGAUCAGCCAUCAGCCUGUCAACUCAGUUAAUAAGUUAAGGACCGAAGUGUUUCAAGUGGAUCUCAGUAAAGGAUCUUUGGAGCCAGA